AUGAAGUACUCGAUACUACUCGCCUCAAUGGCCACCACUCUGAUGGCUGCACCUACCCCAACCAGUUGGACGCCUGCAUUAGCUGGCUAUUUCGAUGUCGUUUUCAAAUACAUCCAAGAAGCUAAGACCGAAGGACGAGCAUCGGCGACAUGCGAUCUCUCGAAAGCUGUCAUGCCAGUUGCCCCGACACCACUCCCGUUCCCUCCCGGGUUGGUGCUUGAACAUGUCGCCCUCGGCAGGGGUGUGCAGAACUAUACCUGCGACAACGCCACAGCAACGCCCGCCGCCGCCGGUGCCGUUGCCAAAUUCUACAACGUCUCAUGUAUCGCCGCCGACUACCCAGAUCUACUCACGCCCAUCACCAACCUUGCGCUGGAAAAUCCUCUUCCCGCCGAACCAGCUUUAGUCUUGGAGCCAUCAGAUCUCGAGCUGUCGGCGCACCACUUCUUCUCCAACACCACCACGCCGGUCUUCGCGUUCGAUGUCGAGGGUGGUCCCGACCUAGGCACGGUCUUCACACAGAGGGGCAACUCUUCCGACGCACCAGCAACCGCCCUUGCAGGUCCCGGCGGCGUCGGCGACGGUGCUGUCGAUUGGCUUUACCUUACCACUCGAUCAACCACCACGGGUGAAACCCAGGCUGUCUACCGAUUGGACACGGCAGGCGGACAGCCACCCGAGACCUGCGCGGACAUGGGUGCGGAAUUCAGCGUGGAAUACUCUGCUGUCUACUGGUUCUGGAAGUAA